AACCUCAAAUUAUUAUUAUUUAGUUUGUUGUAUGUGUAUUAUGUUAUAAAUAUUAUAAUUUAAUUAUUAUUCUAUUAAAUUAACACAAAAUGCCUUACGCUAAUCAACCCUCUCUUCAUAUAACUGAUUUAACUGACGAAAAUGUAAAAUUUUACCUGGAAGACACGGAUUUAAGUGUGGCUAACAGCAUAAGACGGGUAAUGAUAGCCGAAACUCCGACAUUGGCAAUCGAUUGGGUGAAAUUGGAGGCCAAUUCCACUGUGCUCAGCGACGAGUUUUUGGCCCACCGGAUAGGGCUGAUUCCGUUGAUUUCUGAUGAAGUUGUGCAGCGUUUGCAGUACCCCAGAGACUGCAUCUGCACCGAUUUCUGUCAAGAGUGCAGCGUCGAAUUCACCCUUGACGUAAAAUGUACUGACGAUCAAACCAGGCAUGUAACAACCGCUGAUUUGAAAUCCAGCGACCCCAGAGUGAUUCCAGCGACCUCCAAACAUCGGGAUGACGAUUCUGCUGAAUACGGAGAAACCGAUGAAAUUUUGAUAAUUAAGUUGCGAAAAGGGCAGGAAUUAAAAGUAAGGGCUUACGCCAAAAAGGGCUUUGGUAAGGAGCACGCCAAAUGGAACCCAACUUGCGGUGUUGCCUUUGAAUACGACCCUGACAAUGCUAUGAGGCACACCUUAUUUCCCAAGCCUGACGAAUGGCCCAAAAGUGAAUACACUGAAUUGGAUGAUGAUCAAUAUGAAGCUGCCUAUAAUUGGGAGCUGAAACCCAACAAGUUCUUCUACAAUGUAGAAGCUGCCGGGCAACUGAAACCUGAAAAUAUCGUCAUAAUGGGGGUGGCCAUGUUGAAGGAGAAAUUGUCCAAUUUGCAAACUCAGUUGAGUCACGAAUUGCAAAACGAUGCUUUGGCUAUUCCAUAAUUUGUCAAUAGGUAAUCAAUAAAGUAUUUUUUUUUUUCAAAUUGUCCUGAUAAUUAUGUAAUCCUAGCCUAAGGUUCAGUCACCUUCUGAUAAACUGUCAGGUAUGCAAUCCUACAAUUUGACUUAUAGCAUUAUGCAAAUAAUUACCAGCAAGUUUAUCUCAAGAUGAAUAAACCGGGCCUAAAUAAAAUCAAAUACCCAUAUCAAAAUAAAUAUAAAAUAUAUUUAAAAAAAAAAGACAAUAUUUUUAAGCCAAAUAAAAAAUAACUAAAACUAUAACCACAAAAGUAACAACCACUCCUCCAAUGAAAACAAAUUUGUCUUCAGAAGCUCUCUUUUCAAUAAGCCUCAUUGUAUGAUUACUAAUACCCAAAACAUUAGCCAUAUCCAUAAUCCUCUUAUGAGCCCCUUUAAGUGUUGACCUUUGAGUCCUUAAAGAUUCCAAAGUGUUAGCUCCAGUAUACAACAUUUCAUCAACCCCUCUAUGGACGUUGUGCAAGGAAUUUUGCUGUUGCAAUGAAUAGUCCAUGUUAAUUGCAGUUAUAUCUGGAUUGGGUGCGAAUCUGCGAUUCAAAAGUUGUUCUCGUUCGGUUACAGCGGUUUCUCGCCGAAGUCUGCGUUGCUGGGCUGCUUCUAGGGCUGCUUGCAGGUGCCGGUUGUCAUAUUUGAGCUGGUCGCUGCGCAUUUUUGCGUGUUGGCGGUGUUCUAGGGGUUGUUUGUAGACAUAUAGGUCGAUUUUUUCGCAAUUGCUGG